AUUUUUUCCUUUAGAACAGUACGGAGCUGUUGGACUUGCCCAUCAUGGGAAGAAGGGUUCAUGUGACUUGUGUGAUUAAAAAAAAAACUAGUUAGAUCCAGGUCUGACCAUCUAGGGAGAAAAUAAGUUGGGGCCUGCCCAGGUUUCAGUCGCCAGAAGAUUAUAAAUAGUUGCCAGCUGUUGGUGCCCUUUCCAGAGAAACCUCUCUUGUGUGGAUUAUUGCAACAACGGCAACAACCUUUGGAGCUGAGCGCAACUUUGAUACCACCAGUUCCUUGGAUCUGCAUCAGUGCUUUCUAUUUCUCAAAGGUAAGUGAAAGACCUGGGAAGAAUUAAUUCUGUAAGGACCAGCUGAUGGUGGGUUUGCUGUGGUGGCAAAAGAGUCGAGGAACCUGAAACUGGAAUUCACUUUCCAUUUCCCAGCUGAGAUGGAUUCAGGACAUUUCUAGACUAUAAACUGAAACAGGUGUUGCUUCUUCCUGGCUGUAUAAUAGAUCAGUACUGCUCAUACAUUUAUGUUUCUGCAGUGCUCACACAAUGUUGUCAUCAUCCAAUGGCAACCCAUAUUCCCUCCUCCCUGCCCCCAUUUAAUCAAGAUUUACCUUUUUUAGGGGAAAGCCAGUUAUUAAAAAACAAACAAACUCUGAUGUCUACCACCUUUUUGUGAUAUCUCAGUGUCCCAUUUACAAUAGUAUGUGGCUAUCCAGAUGGAAACACAGUAUUGUUAGUUUAUUAUUAUUUCAUUUAUAUACUACUUGUAGGGUUGCCAUAUUUUAGAGAGCAAAAAAGAGGACACAUUUGCCGACCUCUACUUUUAACUAUGGAUUGCUAUGACGACUCUCAUGAAAUGACCUGUCCUGGAUAAAGAGGACAUAUGGCAACCCAUAGUCUCUAACUGGUGUGCAAGAAGGCAACAGAACAGAGACAAAAUUAUCUUUUUCUCUAAUCUUUUUGCAAACCGCAUUGAGGUUUCUUGCAAUCAAGUGGUUUAUAAAUUUUAUGAAGUAAACAAAUAAAACUAGAUAAAAUUAACUGUAAACUUGGUGUGUAUCUCGGGGUGGGGGGUCUUUACUUGAAAUGCCAGCUGAAAUAAAGAGGUCUUCUUCACUAGGUGCUGGUGUGUGGGGGUAUGUGAGAGUCCUGUAUAAUCUCCGACUGUAACUGUUAGAAGUUGCUAAGUUGUAAACAUCCUUCUGGAAUUUCUUUGGGAGUAAGGAAUAUGUGUUUUAAAAAAACAUAUAGCCAUAAGUCUCUAGAGGGGAAGGGCCAUGCUGAAUUACAUGAGUGUGGUAUGGGGUGUUUUGUGCAGGAUAUCAUGCUUUGCUGAACUUCCAGAGGUUUUUGGAGUUCUUGCCUAAAGAGACAGCAGUUACUGUAUAUGGGAUUUGGGUAGGGGAGCAUCUUUUCCCAAACAUACGUCAGCUACCAAUUUUGUGACCUAAGGAGAAGCUGUUUAUUGGGAAAAUAGGAGAAGGCAAUCAAAACCAUUCACCUGGGAGAGAGAAGAAUAACAAGGAACGGGGGGGGGGCGCUCUGAAUGUCCUUUUUAUUGUGCAUUCAUGAUGAUUUGUGCCCUUGACUUGCAGGUACCAGGGUGGUUAAAUGCACUCCUGCAUCCAAUGCUAUUUGUGCCUGUAAAAGUUUAAGGAUGGCCAUGCUGCUUCAUUAACAAUUCCUGCGUGGCCCACAGCUUCCUGCAGAAAUCUUACGUUUUUUUUGUAUCUCAGAUGUUCUGAUUGUUACUGUUAUUUUGCUUUUGUUGCACUAUAGCACCAGGGUACCCUGGCAAUGUUCCAAAUUAAAUGCGUUUCUUUGUGACACACCCACUCUCCCAAACUUUUUGUCAAUGCUGUAUAGCAAUGUUCCUGUCAGGGUGUUGGAAGGAGCUACGGUUUAGCACAGGAAUCGCAGCCUGAGCAUAAAAACUUUAAAAGGUAAAGGUAAAGGGACCCCUGACCGUUAGGUCCAGUCGUGACCGACUCUGGGGUUGCGGCGCUCAUCUCACUUUAUUGGCCAAGGGAGCCGGUGUACAGCUUCCAGGUCAUGUGGCCAGCAUGACUAAGCUGCUUCUGACGAACCAGAGCAGCGCACGGAAACGCCGUUUACCUUCCCACCAGAGUGGUAUCUAUUUAUCUACUUGCACUUUGAUGUGCUUUCGAACUGCUAGGUUGGUAGGAGCUGGGACCGAGCAACGGGAGCUCACCCCAUCAUGGGGAUUCGAACCGCCAACCUUUUGAUAGGCAAGUCCUAGGCUCUGUGGUUUAACCCACAACUUUAGAAGUGGCAAAAUCAAAUAGUGAUAUGGUUGCAUGGCAAUGUAGCACAAAUAACAUGAAAAGGUGUGGGGAGAGAAACUUGCACUCUUGUGCCUCUCCCACAUACUUCUUAUAGAUGCCAUAUGCUGGCAUUCUUGUGGUCUGCCCCCAGCCCCCCCUGCAAACAAGGAUGGUUUAACACACCAGUCAUAACCCAAACAAAGUUUUUUAAAGUGUGCAAAUGGAAGUUUAGUGGCCUGGCAUUGCAGUUUGACUUACUGCUGCAGGGAAGGGAAGCGGGGAUGGCGGGAGCAUGGACGAUGGAAUGAGCAAAGUUAAAGUUUGGAUGCAAUAGUCAUAGAAUUGCAGAGUUGGAAGGUACCCUGAGCAACCAUCUAAUCCAAACCCCAGGAAUAUGCAGCUGCUCCAUACAGGAAUCAAACCUGGGACCUUGAUGUUAUCGGCACCACGCUCUAACCAACUGAGCUGCAGAAGCACCAGGGAAACAUCACUGAACAACCGAUAAAGUAGAGUGAUGACUAGAUGGUCCAGUAUAAAUCCAUUUAAAAUGUGCCAUUCAUGUGUCAAUGACAUGUUACUGCAUGCCCAGGUAACGGGAAAGACAGUCAGGAGAGGGUCAGGGUAUUUUGGGUAGGAAACUAACAUUGCAGAGUUGUCAUCAGUCUGGCUAUCUGAGGCACAUCUAGCCUUAAAAUAAAUGGGUGGGACCUGCUAGAAAAUGUGGUGUGAAAUGUUCUUGCUCAGGAUACUCCAUUCCAUUCCCCUGCCCCAUCUCCCCAACUACCAGUUAGCAUUCCAUGCCAUGACCACUCAGUAUACUCUGCUUACUGAGCUGUUUUGAAGAGUCUCCACCCCCACACCACAUAGGCUUUAAAGAUAUUUUUAGACAUCUGCAAACCUCCCACUUAUGCAAGGGCAGUGCCAUUUUUGACGGCUUAAACAAUGUCACUUACAGCCCAACCACUGCAAGUAGAGGAAAUUAUGCUUUCACAUUAGGAAAUUUGCAAACCAUCCCAUUUAACUCUCCCUCCCUUUGCCCUGUUGACAGGGUGGGGGGGUUGCAAAAUACCUUAUGGACACAUUCCUGGUCUGCUUUUAACAAAUUUUCAGGGUGUAGUUAUCUGUAUUCUGUGAGUCUUGUGUCUCUGACUAAUCUGUACAUGACCCUUUAACAGCCAGUGCAGACCAUUGGGGCUGGGGCAGUCUGGCAAAGGACAAGAUGGCGUACCUCACUCCAUGCGCAAACUGGCAAUGAAAUUUAUUUCAAUGGUGUCAUUCACUGGUUUGAGGGAAAACACAUCGAUCGGCAGUAUUUCUCAAGAAACUACAGGACACAUAUGGAUUGUGGAUCACGUGUACUCAAACAAAAUGCUCUAAAGCCAGAGAAAACAGAAAUGCUUACACAGUCUGUGACUCUUUUCUUCAUCUUUGCAGGGCUCUCUGCUGACAAUGUGCGUGGGGACGUGUGCUAGGAUCCUGGGGCCAUGCCUCUUGACCCUGGGCCUGCUUUCUGUUGUUGCCAACACUCUCCUGCUCUUUCCCAGUUGGGAAUGGCAUUAUCUACAGAUGGGUCACAUCACAAAGAAAGCUAUGCUGAUGCCAGGAAUGUGGGGAGGAGGCUUAUUGGUAAGUGGAUAUUUUUCUGUCAAGAAUCUGCGUAGGAAACCGUAAGGCCCGCUCUUUUUGUCUUCUGUCUUCUGUUUUGUUGUUUAUAACCAAACAAGGUUUUGUCAUUGGAGGUGGGCAGGCUACAUGCAGAGCAAGGAUAUACUGAAGAAGAGUUUGGAUUUGAUAUCCCACUUUAUUACUACCCGAAGGAGUCUCAAAGCGGCUAACAUUCUCCUUUCCCUUCCUCCCCCACAACAAACACUCUGUGAGACUUCAGAGAAGUGCGAUUAGCCCAAGGUCACCCAGCAGCUGCAAGUGGAGGAGCGGAGAUUACGAGUCUACUGCUCUUGACCACUACACCACACUGGCUCUCAGUUUUGCCUGAAAAUUCCAUUCAUGAUACUCUGAGGAAAAUUUGUCCAAUCCAAUGGCAGUUUGGCAUGCAGUAUCUUAUAUCUUGUAUAAAUUGACCAGGGUUGUAUCCAAUGUAGUGCUACCACCAGUGCAAGGAUAUACACUUGUGUAAUGGAGCAUCCCUCCCCCCCUUUCCCCCAUGGGACCCCUAAAUCUGGCCUAGGGGUCCCACCAACCCUCUGGAGCAGAUUUGGAGGACACAGGGCACGCAUUGUGGAGAAGGCGGGAUGUUCCACAGCCAUACACCCUUUUGUUGGCAGAACAAGUUAAUUGGAUUCUUCCCCAGAUUUCUGAAAAUUCUCAAAAAGGAUGGCUGAGCUAUAGCUGUUUAACCCGUGUGCAUUGAAAGGGUGCUGUGCAUGCUUCUUCUGUGUGACAUGCUACUCCAUGUUUGUUUUGCAUGUGCGAGAGAGAGAGUAGCUGCCAUGAGUGUGGUUUCAUUUGAUUUGCAUUCUCUGGUUGGCUCGUUUCUUCCAGUGAUCUGCUGCACAUGUUUUUUUUUUAAAUAUAUAUAUGUCUGCUAUGUUCUGCAGUGAGCUACAUUCCAGGGUUCCUGCAAGCCCCUCUGACCUGCUUUGCUUGGCUUAGUAUGAAUGAGCAAACACAGAGAUUCCCAGACUGAAGCUCGCAACUACAGGACUCCACCUGCGGCCAUGCUACUGUUGGGCUACCCAGAGCUAGCAAAAUUUGUUAACUGAAUCCCACCCCAAUAAGUUUCAAUUUGUGUAUUGGUUCAAGAAGUGCAAACGAGGUAGUUUCUCAUUAAGAUUCAAACAGAAUCAAAUUGAUCCCUCCCGCUUAGCAGAAAAGGGUGUUCAUUCUGAAUCACUUCUGUCUUCCACAGGUCUUCCCAGCCGCAGUUCAGAUCACAGUUAUUGGAUUUAGGGGAAAGAAUGUCUCCUGCACUUGCGGAACUUGCCAGAAGGUAUGAGGGUGGUAGCUCAUUUGUUCCGCUGAUGAAAGGCCCUCAGCUUUAAUGGCAGGGCUUAACAGUCAAGAUUCUUGUCAAAAUUCCAGUUCGAUACUGUACACGGUUCAGCAUUUUCAUAGUUCUCAGAGUGGUUUCACAAUCAAUUCCUCUUCCCAGGUAACUCUGAAAAUUGUGGCUCAGAGAGGGGAAUGGGGGUCUCCCAAUGACUCUCAGUACCCUUAACAGACUACAGUAGUACCUCUGGUUAAGAACUUAAUUCGUUCCAGAGGUCCUUUCUUAACCUGAAACUGUUCUUAACCAGAGGUACCACUUUAGCUAAUGGAGCCUCCCGCUGCCCCCACCGUGCGAUUUCUGUUCUCAUCCUGAAGUAAAGUUCUUAACCCAAGGUACUACUUCUGGGUUAGCGGAGUCUGUAACCUGAAGUGUUUGUAACCCAAAGUGUUUGUAACCCAAAGUAACACUGUACAAGGAUUAUUUGGGAGCAGUGUUUUUUUCUGGGGGACACACAGGGGUACGCAUACCCCUAAAUAUUUUGAGAAUCAUUGAGGGGCAGUAUUUCAAUAUGAGUAGGAAAAUGAGAGUACCCCUAAACAUUUUUUAAAAAGAAAAGAAACACUGUUUGGGAGACUGUUAAAGGAAUAUUGCAGUGCUUUGAGAGUAUGGUCCUGAUAUGACUGAAGACCAAGGAGAAGGAAGUUGACAAGCAGUGCCAGCCCUAGACUGGUUGUUAACAUGAAGGCAGGCAGAUGGGGGCUGGAUGAAAGAGGUUAAUGGUGCAGUGUCCCAUUUGCCCGAAUGGACCAGACUCUACACUUUUCAGCCUGACUCCACUAGUCAUUGCCAAGGUCAAGAACUUUGUCAUGCCCCACCCUAAUCCAAACUUGGAGGGUGCAUUCCCCCAUCCAGGAGCCUUGUGGCCUGUUGCUGGAGCAGGGGGGGAAACCUGGUGCCUGUAGUGUAGCAAUCAGAAGUUACCAUAGCUACUCAGGUCGUUUCCAUAAAGCUCUUUAGAACCAACCUCCCUUUCCGUUGCUCCUAAUUACUGAGGUUCAGUAGUACAGUUGAAGGGGUCUUGCAUAACUGGAAUUAGGCCACUUCCGGACUGUCAAUACCUUCGGGUGGGAUUCGGUCACGUACCAGCAAAUUCAGGUUACACAAUUAUCAAUGACUGGGAGGUCUUGAGCAAUAAUCCCACUUCCUCAAAACAUCAAACUUUUCAUGAUAAGGAAAGUGACAGGAAACUGCACUGGAACACAAAACGGAGUAAGCACUCAUUAAAUAGCCAUCACCAUCUCAUCUCCUUGCAAACAAGUCAGGAUCAAUGCUCGGUUAUCAGGUCAUCUGGAAGUGCCCUUAAUUUCUAUGCCUCUUUUGCCCACAGAUGUUUCUCUCCAUUGUAUUAUCAGGACUGGCCUUGCUGGGAUCAGCUGCUUGCUUUGUUUUGUCUGGUGUGGGCUUGACAGAGGGACCUCUCUGCUUUUAUAGCUCCACCACCCACAAUGGGACACAGAUGACUCAAUGGGAUUAUCCAUUCCUUCAAACACACAGUCAGUCCUCAAACAUCAGGUAAAGAAACCUGGAGGUCAUGGGUCAUUUUAUGGAAGAGCAAUGCCUAUUAACCUGUGCUGAGAGCUGUUUUUGCUUAGUGGUGAAAACUGAGACUCGUUCUCCGUCGAGUUCAGAGUCAUGGCCAAAAAAAUGAGUCGCAAGCAAUGACUUGAUGAUAGGCCCCUCCAGAGAGGUGGGGUUUUUUGCCAGGUCUAUUCUGCAGCAUCUAAUUGAUGCAGUAUAGGACUGAAUGGAUGCUGCACUGCCCAAACAUCAUUCCACUUUAUUAGUUCUUCUGUCAUGCUUCCUGAGUGAUACUGCUGUAUUGCUGUCCAGGGGGCCCCUCUUAUGCUAUAGUAAAACAAAAGCAAGACUACCACCAUCCCUGGAACAGUUGUGGUACGAAAAGUUGCAGAAUUUAAGCAGGAAGCUACAGUAUGUCUGCCCUGAAGCUUUUGCAGGAACAAACAGUAUUGAAAGUGGGAUCACAUAUAACUGCCCCAAUACAGUGGUACCUCUAGUUGCGGACGGGAUCCGUUCCGGAGGUCUGGCUGGAUCCCAAGGUUUCCACAACUGGAGGACCGCUUCUGCGCAUGCGCACGUGGCGAAACCUGGUAAAUACUUCCGGGUUUGCCGCUUACGUAUCCCGAAGUUUACAUAACCAGAGGGUUACGUAAGCGGAACUACUACUGUACCAUCAUGAGCACAAAUAAUCAUGAAUGCACAUUAAAAAGGAUGUCUGAAAGGGCAUACGGCUUUCUGUAUAUUGUUGGUCCUGAAGACAGAACAAUUAUAUAGACGGUAUCAGUGUUUCCAAACAAGUUCUCUGUUACUGACUCCCAUUAAACGUGGCUCAUGCAGCUCAGGAGACCGUAUUUGCAUUGCUCAAUUAAAUUGUGAGGCUAGCUUGAGCUAUUUCCCACGGGAAUAUUUUCCUGUCCUGUGCAUCAAAACACACACAGAGAAACUGGACUGGGGGCACUGGCAAUAGCAACAAGCACCAAAGAAUAUGUAGGGAUAACGUUGCUGGGAGGAAAAAAGUGAAGGAGUCUCAGCAGGCAUGGAUCACUUGUUGAGGAAUGCUAUCAUAGUGGAACCGGGAUGUCAACAAAGCAGCGACACUUGCAAGUGCAAGGAAUCCUAAGGCAGAGGGGUCUUCUGUCCAGUGAAUUACUAUUACUGCUACUAACUUCUACAGUCUUGGUGUUGGAAGGGCAACCGCAUGUCUUUCAUCUUGAGACAAUGCAACCAGGGAAGACAAUAUUUAAUAUUAUAUUGUAAAUGUAAAACCAUUCAAGGAAAAAUGGUGCACAGGACAGCAUACUCAGUAACCCAGCAAAUCCAGAAAUCUUUAUCUAAUAUUCUGUUGGAAGCCUCCCAGAGUGGCCGGGGCAACAUAGUCAGAUGGGUGGGGUAUGAGUAAUAAAUGAUUAUUAUUUUAAAAUGUACAAAAAUAUCAUCUCCUGAUUGAACAGCUUUCCCUUAUCCUUCGUUUAUAAUGUAUCUUUACUUACAACUUUCUCAUUCAAAAUCUGUUCCUUUAAGGACUCGGAAUUAUUUGUAUGACCCGCCCCUUUGGAACAAAGUGUGCAUCGAGCCACGUAAUAUUGUGAGCUGGAAUGUCUAUUUCUUCUCGGCUCUCUUAAUCAUCAGCACAGUGGAAAUGGUCCUUGCUGUUCUCCAGAUCAUCAAUGGCUUUUUUGGAUGUUUCUGUGGCUUAUGUGAAAAGAAAUAGGUAACAGGAAUCCACUAAAAUUUUGUAACUUUGUUGUUGUUGUUGCAUAUGGCCUGUGAAUGGUCCCUCCGCCUGCAUCCACACACCAACAGGGGAAGAUUGAAGCAAGUGAUGGUUGCUAACAUUCCUUCUACCUUUGUCAACGCAGAUACCUAAUAAGAAGGGUAGCAGUUGGUCAGAGUAGUUUACUUUGUGAUAGUGGGAAGGGGAAUAACAUAAUAUGAAUGCUGGUUGACCAAUAGAGAAAGCUUCCAUAUUGCCACAUUACCAAAAAGGCAGCAAUAAAAGUCAGACAUGCAACGAAGAUACAGAUCACUAGGCUCAUAUUGCAUCAUGCAGCUGCUGCCGCCAGUCUGUUUUGUACUCUAGUCUAGAAAUAUUAAAAGGGACAGAGCAGGGUUCUGAUGGUGGUUUCAGCAGUAGGUAGAGACCAAAUAGCUUUGUGGAUGCUUGGAAAGCUGCUGUGUGUGUGUGUGUGUGUGUGUACGUACACACACACACACACACACACACACACGUGCAGUUGGGGAGUAAGUAGGGAGAGUCAGCAAUAGUAGAAGAGGGGAAAGGAAGUUGUGUGGGCCCAUAAGAUGAAUGCUAAAACCCACAAUUCAGCAAUAUUUUUGCUAGAGCCAAUCAAAAUAUCACAAAAUAGUGAGCAAGCUUUUGAUUGCUCCAGACCUCUUAAACAGGCAGGAUGUUACACAAAGUAGAGAGAAGGGCAGGGGAGGGCACCAAAAAACAACAACAAAAGAAGUCUUAAAGUUGUAGCCAUAAAGAUUACAUCCCAAGAUGGAAUGAGAAGAAGACGUGAAAGAAAUCUAGGAUUCUGGGACAGAAGAAUAAAACGUCUGCUCCUAAUAUUUUAGAACAUGGAGUCCCAAAGUUACACAGAUCUUUACCCAGCCCUGAGCAAAAUGCACUGGUUCCUAGUUCUAGCUCUGGCAGCUCACGGCUGAAAACAGCAUGCCCUUGGGCAGUUUUGAAAAUAAUGACAUUUCAGUUUGUUUCCCUCGUUUUUGCAAUUACAUUAUAUCAGGAGACCCUUCAGAGGUAAUGGACUUCAACUCCCAUCAGCCCCAGCAAGCAUGGCCAAUGGUCAGGAAUGAUGAGAGUUCUAGUCCAGCAACAUUUAGAGGACUCCAGAUUAAUCACCCUUGCACUAUAUAUUUUACUGAACCAAUUUAAAUAGGCUUGGGAGUAUAUAUAUAUAUAGAGAGAGAGAGAGAGAGAGAGAGAGAGAGAGAGAAAACUGAGUCAAACUCUGAUGAAGAUUUCUGUGAAACACCCAGACCAGCAUACUCAGAUACUUUGGCCCCCACAUUUUUAUUGUUUGCAACAUCAGUUCUUUAGGAUCAAGAUGACAGACUUUGUUUACUUAAUCUCUGUAUGUGAGAUUACAAAGAUAUGUGUAUUAACCUGUAUCCGCAAUCAUCAACUUUCGUUGCUGCAGCCUCUGCGCAUUUCUGAUUCCUCUGUUGUUCCUGAAGCCUCAAGAUGCUGCUUGCCAGACAGUAAUGAGCCAUCACCCACCUUUCAGUGCAAGGAAUAUCAUUGUCUUCCAUGGGCAUCAUUGUCAGCUACUGUCAGGAGAUGUAGACUGGAACUGCUGUCACUAAGGAAAUGCUUACAGUGUCACAGAUCUAAAAUGACGUCCUGGGUUUAUUGAGCUCAGUGCUUUGAGAUUUAGUAAUGUUGUUGUGUUAUUUAUUUAAUUAUUUAUACUCCCUUAACAUCUACCCAAGUCCUCCUUUCCUAUGCUGAAUGAACACAUUUUCGUGUUCCUGCUAUUUCUAAAAUUCAAACACUCCUGCCGGCAUGAAAUCAAGGCAGAAAGCAUGUUGGGUUGUUCUGGGAGGGCGGGGGGAAUGGCUACACAGGAGGCAUGAAUGUAGAGAUUUUUUGCACACAGGUUCAGUUUGUAUCAGGUCUUCUGGCUUUGGGGCUCUACUUUCUGCCUCCCUUGCCACAGGCCCUGCAACUGAGAAGGCCAAACCUGAUGAGCAACAUAUUUUUCAGUUUGUGGCAUCAUCAGUUCACAGGUCCAUGUCAUGGAUUGGUUGGCAAGUGGAAAGAGGCACCACUAAGAGCCACCUAAUACAUUGGUCUAAGAAAGGGAUUGGUGCUGCUUUAGUCAGACUUUAAAGUUUAGAGCUAGUCAAAUGCUAGAAACGUGUACAUUUUCUCAAGCAAAGGCAAGGAUGGUCUAGGAACAAGACAGAGCAAUAUCAAGGACACAGUUCUAAUCUGUUUUGCUCACAUGAGAGGCCCCUGAGGCCCUGCAGGGCUCCAGAAAUGGAAACUGCCUUCCUGAAUUCUCUUUGCCAACCAUACACAUUCCCACUCUCCAGGAAGGGGAACCUAUGGACUUCCAGAUAUUCCUAGAUAACAUCCAGGACCGUUGGCUGGACUGCCUGGGGCUGAUGAAAGUUGGAGGCCAGCAGUAUCUGAGAGGUCACAGGUUCCUCACCCCUGGAUGAAGGGAAGGUGUAGAGCUGACAAGACGCGCAACCCAAAAAAUCCAUUCAAUACUUUUAAAUACUCAUAUUAAGAUUGGUGUUUAAUUAGUUUAAAAUUAAGGAAAACAAAUGUACAGUACAUCUGUACGAACAGCUAAUUUUUAAAGAAUUGCAAUAUUUUCCGAUUAUGCUGCUGAAGAAUUGGGAAGGGUAGGGCAGUGUUUCCAGGUCUGUGUUUUGUAUACCUUCUGUAGGGCUGCCAUAUGUCCAUGUUUUCCCAAAAAUAAGCUCAACAACUUUGCCCAGAUUUUCAUCUUUGGGAAUAUGGCAACCCUACCUUCUGUUGCAAGAGUAGGUUCAGGAGACUUGUUAUUUUCAAGAGAGAGGGGAGUAUAUUUUGAGUGGGAUGACCUGUAUUUCUUCUUCCAUAACACUCAAAACAUGUCAGAAAACAAUUGCCUAGCUGUGUUAUGUUCAGGCCUUGUUUUGUGGUAAUUGCCACCAUGAUAGGUGGCCUUGUUGGUUGAAGCUGCUGAAAACUUGUGUGAAAAUAAAUAAAGAUACC